CAAUGCGUAUAAUUUGCGGCCAAAUUCAGAUACAUUACAAUAGUCAUUUUCAAGCUUCACACGUCUUUGUUGACUUUGCCACUAAAGAACAAAAUAGAAGAAAACUAUUUUCUUCACUCUAAGACGACCAAGUCAUUGGUUAGACUAAUUCUUCCAUUCCAAACAUAUUAUCUACCUUCUCUGACAACAAUUGCAACAUAGAACCAAACCAUUACCAACAUGAACCAAAAACCAUGGUUCUUCCUUUUUCUCCUCACCAUCUUCUUCUCUUUCCACACUUACCCUUCACUUUCAUCUUUAACCAUCAUCUCAUCAAACCAAUCUCUAUCUGGUGAUCAAACUCUUGUCUCAAAAGAUGGAAACUUUGAACUGGGUUUCUUCAAUGAAGGUAAUUCCUCUAACUACUACAUAGGCAUGUGGUACAAAAAAGUAUCUCAAAGAACAUAUGUUUGGGUAGCAAAUAGAGAUCACCCAGUUUCUGAUAAAGUUUCUUCCAAGUUAACUAUAUCAAAUGGUAAUUUAGUUCUCUUGAAUCAAUUUCAAAAUCUAGUUUGGUCAACAAAUUUGACUUCAAGUUCAACUAGUCAAAAUUCUGUUGUUGCUGUUCUUUUAGAUUCUGGAAAUCUUAUAUUAAGCAAUAAGGCCAAUGUAUCAGAAUCAGAAGCUCUUUGGCAGAGUUUUGAUUUUCCAACAGAUACAUGGCUACCUGGUGGAAAAAUUAAACUUGAUAAAAGAACAAAGAAGCCUCAAUAUCUUACUGCUUGGAAGAACAAAGAAGAUCCAGCAACAGGUUUAUUCUCUCUUGAACUAGACCCUAAGGGAACUAAUGCGUAUUUAAUUCUUUGGAAUAAAACUCAACAGUAUUGGACAAGUGGUUCUUGGAAUGGACACAUAUUUAGUUUGGUUCCUGAAAUGAGGUUAAACUACAUAUACAAUUUUGCCUUUCAGUCCAACGAGAACGAAAGCUACUUCACGUAUUCCUUGUACAACAAUGCUUCGAUAUCUCGGUUCGUGAUGGAUAUCUCGGGACAGAUCAAGCAAUUGACUUGGCUUGAAAGUACUCAACAAUGGAAUUUGUUUUGGUCACAGCCAAGAAGACAGUGUGAGGUUUAUGCUUUCUGUGGUGCAUUUGGUAGCUGUACUGAGAAUUCAAUGCCAUAUUGCACUUGUUUGAAUGGUUAUGAACCAAAGUCAAGGUCUGAUUGGAAUCUUGGUGAUUUCUCACAUGGAUGUGUGAAAACAAAUAAGUUUCAAUGUGAGGUGUCUUCGAAUCCUUCGAACGGUGCUAAGGAUAGGUUCUUAACUAAAUCCAACUUGGCUUUGCCUGAACAUGCACAACCUGUUGUUGAAGCUGGUGGUAUUGAGGAAUGUGAGUCCACUUGUUUAGGAAAUUGUUCUUGUACUGCAUAUGCUUAUAACAGUAGCGGUUGUUUCGUUUGGAGGGGUGAACUCUUUAAUCUGCAACAGCUUUCUCAAGAUGAUAGUAAUGGACAGACUUUGUUUCUCAAACUUGCAGCAUCUGAGUUUCAUGAUUCCAAAAGCAAUAAAGGGAAAACAAUUGGUGUUGUUGGUGGUGCUGUUGCAGGCGUAGCGAUUCUCCUUGUUCUUGUUUUAAUUGUCGUGAUUAGGCGAAGAAAGAGACUCACCGGAGCAAGAACUUCUGUGGAGGGGUCAUUGACAGCAUUUAGUUACAGAGAUUUGCAAAAUGCCACAAAGAAUUUCUCUGAUAAACUUGGAGGAGGUGGUUUUGGUUCUGUCUUCAAAGGAACAUUAUCUGAUUCAAGUGUCAUAGCAGUGAAGAAACUCGAAAGCAUUAGCCAAGGCGAGAAGCAGUUCCGAACCGAAGUGAGUACUAUUGGGACUGUCCAACAUGUCAACCUUGUUAGGCUUGUUGGUUUCUGUUCUGAAGGGGACAAAAAGCUUCUGGUUUAUGACUACAUGCCUAACAGGUCAUUGGAUUCAAAUCUAUUUCAUGAAAAGAACUCGAAAGUGUUGAAUUGGAAAGUAAGAUACCAAAUUGCUCUUGGAGUAGCUAGAGGAUUGACAUAUCUUCAUGAAAAGUGUAGAGACUGUAUCAUCCACUGCGACGUGAAGCCGGAAAACAUUCUCCUAGACUCCGAACUUUGUCCAAAGGUUGCAGACUUUGGCCUUGCAAAGCUUGUGGGACGGGACUUCAGCAGAGUCCUGACUACCAUGAGAGGAACAAGAGGCUAUCUCGCUCCAGAAUGGAUUUCAGGAGUGGCAAUCACCGCGAAAGCCGAUGUUUACAGCUACGGAAUGAUGCUUUUCGAGAUUGUCUCCGGUAGAAGAAACUCUGAUCCUUCUGAAGAUGGAAAAGUUAGAUUCUUUCCUACAUUGGCUGCAAACACAGUACACCAAGGAGGGAAUGUUCUUAGCCUUUUGGACUCAAGGUUGGAGGGAGAUGCUGAAGUUGAAGAGGUCACUAAAGUCAUAAAAAUUGCUUCUUGGUGUGUUCAAGAUGAUGAAGCUCAUAGGCCAUCUAUGGGUCAAGUUGUUCAAAUCCUUGAAGGGGUUAUGGUUGUAGCUUUACCUCCAAUUCCUAGAUCCCUACAAGCUUUUGUUGAUGACCAAGAAAAUAUAGUUUUCUUCACUGAUUCAAGCUCCACUCAUAGUUCACAGGCAAAGAGCAAUAGUGUCUCUACAACAUCAUCUCAAGCCAGAAGCAACAUUUCAUCUACUAGCACCUAGUCAUAAGUUGUGUCAUAGUUUUUUAUUUUGAGAUAUUUAAUUGUAAUGUAUGGUUUCUUCAGAGAAACUACUGCCAAGAUUGUAUGUAUAUUCAUCUUAAAUAAUGUCAAUUGAAAACUGAUAUAGCUGCCUUAUACUUGUGUGUCGGUGCUUCACUUGGACAACAGACAAAACACCUAAGUUAGGUGCAUUAAGCAAUAAUUUGUUAAUAAUAUUUUUGUGUGUGUG